UUGUCUGUUGCGUUGUUGCCUGUGGGCUGAUAGUGACCUACAGACAGUACUGCAGCCAGGACAAGGAGUAAUAAUACCACACUGUCUGUACAAAGAUAGUCUUGAACCAUAUUUAGACAGUAAUUUGCCUUAAAUACGCCUUAAUUUCCUUAACAGACAGCAUUUUUACCGCUGUUUCAAUGGAAAUAUCGUUUUGAUGAGUUUUCACUCAUGAGCGGCGGACAGCUAUAACUUAACUAACGUUUACUUAGCUAAGCUAGAUAACGGUAGCCCGUUGUAAAAUCAAAUUCAAAUUGUCAAAGUAAUUGUUGCUUGUUUUUUUCGUUGCCGUGGGGAGUUGAAUCGAAAACGCAUGGUGCUGUGAUAUAUCCAGUUUUUCUUAGAACUGUAGAUAGUGGACAGACGACACACUGUGAUGGAUAAUGCCCAUACUAAGACGGUGGAGGAGGUUUUGGGCUUCUUCAGUGUAAAUGAGUCUACAGGUCUGAGCUGUGAGCAGCUGAAGAAGAACAGGGAGAAAUGGGGACCCAACGAAUUGCCAGCUGAAGAAGGGAAGUCACUUUGGGAACUGGUCCUGGAACAGUUUGAGGAUCUGUUGGUCAGAAUCUUGCUGCUGGCUGCGUGCAUCUCCUUUACCCUGGCUUGGUUUGAAGAAGGAGAGGGGACAAUCACAGCUUUUGUUGAACCCUUCGUCAUCCUCCUCAUUCUCAUCGCCAAUGCUAUUGUGGGAGUAUGGCAGGAGCGUAAUGCAGAGAAUGCAAUUGAGGCUCUGAAGGAGUACGAGCCAGAGAUGGGCAAGGUGUACCGACAGGACAAGAAGAGCGUUCAGAGAGUCAGAGCCCGAGACAUCGUUCCUGGAGACAUUGUGGAAGUCGCUGUUGGUGAUAAGGUCCCAGCUGACAUCAGGCUUACGUCCAUCCGUUCCACCACUCUGAGAGUGGACCAGUCCAUUCUGACGGGGGAGUCCGUGUCGGUGCUCAAACACACAGACCCUGUACCAGAUCCCCGAGCUGUCAACCAGGACAAGAAGAACAUGCUAUUCUCUGGUACCAACAUAGCAGCAGGCCGUGCCAUUGGGAUUGUUGUGGCUACAGGAGUGCAGACAGAGAUUGGGAAAAUCCGAGAUGAGAUGGCCUCCACUGACCCUGAGAGGACCCCACUUCAACAGAAACUAGACCAGUUUGGAGAACAGCUGUCUAAGGUUAUCAGUGUGAUCUGUGUGGCAGUGUGGGCCAUCAAUGUGGGACACUUUAAUGACCCGGUCCAUGGAGGCAGUUGGCUGCGAGGAGCUGUUUACUAUUUCAAGAUCGCUGUUGCACUGGCUGUAGCUGCCAUACCAGAAGGCCUACCAGCAGUCAUCACCACCUGCCUGGCACUAGGAACCAGGAGGAUGGCCAGGAAGAACGCCAUUGUCCGCAGCCUGCCAUCAGUGGAGACGCUGGGUUGCACCUCUGUUAUCUGCUCUGACAAGACAGGAACUCUGACCACCAACCAGAUGUCAGUCUGCAGGAUGUUUGUAGCAGACAGUGUGUCAGGGGAGAGCUGCAGCCUGAGUGACUUCACAGUGACUGGAUCUACUUACGCCCCUGAAGGGGAAGUUUAUAAGAAUGGCUUGGUGGUGAAGUCCAGUCAGUAUGAAGGGCUGGUGGAGAUGGCCUCCAUCUGUGCCUUGUGCAAUGACUCAUCACUGGACUAUAAUGAGGCAAAAGGUGUGUAUGAGAAGGUUGGGGAGGCAACGGAGACUGCCCUUUGCUGUCUGGUGGAGAAAAUGAACGUGUUCGACACUGACCUGAGAGGAUUGAGCCCCGUUGAGAGAGCUACAGCGUGCUGCUCUGUGAUUAAGCAGCUGAUGAGGAAGGAGCUGACCUUGGAGUUUUCCAGAGACAGAAAGUCCAUGUCUGUCUUCUGUUCAUCCAGUAAACUCACCAGGUCUGCCUCUGGAGCCAAGAUGUUUGUCAAGGGAGCUCCAGAGAGCGUGUUGGAGCGUUGUAAUUAUAUCCGGGUCAGCGGUUCUUCUCGUGUGCCUUUGAGCCCAGCCGUCCGAGAGAAGCUCCUGUCCACUGUGCGGGAAUGGGGAUCGGGCCGAGACAUGCUGCGUUGCCUCGCCAUGGCAACCAGGGACACGCCCCCUGACAUCCAUGGCCUCAACCUAGAGAACUCCGCUAAGUUUGCUGACUAUGAGUCAGACCUGACCUUUGUGGGCUGUGUGGGUAUGUUGGACCCCCCCAGAAAAGAAGUGCUUAGCGCAGUCCGAAUGUGUCGGCAGGCUGGCAUAAGAGUUAUUAUGAUCACAGGUGACAACAAAGGGACAGCCCUGUCCAUCUGUCGGAGAGUGGGCAUCAUCACGGAGCAGGAAGAGGAGCAGGAGGGCACAGGGGCCAUCGGGGGCCUAACAGGACGGGAGUUUGAUGAGCUGCCCCCUCACCUGCAGCGCGAGGCCUGCAGGACGUGCCGGUGCUUUGCCCGGGUGGAACCGGCACACAAAAGUCGUAUAGUGGAGUACCUGCAGAGCCUCGAUGACAUCACUGCAAUGACAGGCGAUGGGGUAAACGACGCGCCUGCAUUGAAGAAGGCGGAGAUCGGCAUUGCUAUGGGCAGCGGCACAGCAGUGGCCAAGUCAGCCUCUGAGAUGAUCCUGGCUGAUGACAACUUCUCCACCAUUGUGGCUGCAGUGGAGGAGGGCAGAGCUAUUUACAACAACAUGAAACAGUUCAUCAGAUACCUGAUAUCAUCCAACAUAGGAGAGGUGGUCUGUAUUUUCCUGACAGCCGCACUGGGCAUGCCUGAAGCACUGAUCCCAGUCCAGCUGCUAUGGGUCAACCUUGUCACCGAUGGUUUUCCAGCAACAGCUCUGGGCUUCAACCCUCCUGACCUGGACAUCAUGUCCCGCCCUCCCCGAUCCUCCAAAGAGCCUCUGAUCUCCAGUUGGCUGUUCUGUCGCUACCUCAUUAUUGGAUGUUAUGUGGGAGCUGCUACUGUCGGAGCUGCUGCCUGGUGGUUUAUGGCGGCCCACGACGGACCCAAACUUACCUUUCAUCAACUGUCCCACUACCUGCAGUGCAGUGAAGGCCACGCUGAGUUUGCUGGUGUCCAGUGUUCAGUCUUUGAGUCUCCUUACCCCAUGACUAUGGCCCUGUCUGUCCUGGUUACCAUUGAGAUGUGUAACGCCUUGAACAGUCUUUCAGAGAACCAGUCCCUGCUGAAAAUGCCUCCCUGGUCAAACCCCUGGCUGGUGGGGGCCAUCUGUCUGUCAAUGGCUCUACACUUCCUCAUUCUAUAUGUCGACCCACUGCCGGUGAUUUUCCAGAUACGCCCUCUAUCGUGGCCUCAGUGGGUGGUGGUGCUGAAGAUGUCCCUUCCUGUCAUCUUUAUGGACGAGGCCCUCAAGUUCCUGGCCCGCAACUACAUUGAGCCAGGAAGCCAGGUCCAGACACUGGAAGAGGAAGAGGAGCAGCAGAGGACGGGGGCUAGCAGGGGAUUGGUCAGUCAAUCACUGAAGGGCGUGUCCUGGUCAUUUGUCCUGAUCUCUGCACCACUGGUGAUCUGGAUCUUCAGCCUGGACUCUGACAUCACCAACAUCUUCUGGGAGUGAAGGGAAACAAAGAGAAUGGGGGGAGGGGGAAGAGAAAAGAGAGAAGGACUGUUGGAACAAAAUGAAGAUUGGGUGUGUACGGGUGAGGUGAGGUGAGAUACGAGAAUUUAAGGGAAACGGAGUGGCAUAUUAAACCAACAGACAAUCAGGAAACAACAACAAAGAAAGAGCAUCUCGUCCUUAAUACUAAAAGGUGCUAUGUGUAGCAUUUCAUUUAAAUCCCAUAGCCUACUUCGCCUGUACUUGUAUGAGUUGCUCAGUUUGUCUGGCCAGCACUUGUGAGUGAAAUAUAUCUCUGACAUGAUAUCUCUAAAGCUGUACUUUAAUGCUAACAUAGCAUGCUCACCGGCUAUCCUUUGCAUUUUAAAAUACUAAAGGUUACACGAUAAAUACUAGUAUGUUAGCAUGCUGUAAUCUGUUUUUGUGUUGACAUUCAGAUGGGGGACAUGAUGUAGAUCAAUGGUUCCCAGAUGAGUUUCCCUUUCAGAUUAUAUCACACAUUCAGAAAACCUUCACACACUUUGUGUUUACAGUUCUCAGUAAAUACUAGCCAGUUCUAAAGUAAAGUCAUUAAUAUAAAUCAAAAACUUAGAAAUGUCUUAGGACUUUAAUAAUAUGUAAACCUGUUGCUCUGAAACAUCUGUAGCUCUGUCCAGUCAAAUACAAUCAACAGGAAGUUAUUGUAGCAGCACAAGCUGUCACAUGACUACUCAACCAUUUACAUUCUAUAUGAAUGGAGUAAGAAAUGGGCAUGUUCAGGGUUAGCAGUAUUCGUGUACUUUAGAGUGGGAGGGUAACCUAACCAACCAUAUUCUGUGUGAGAUUAUUGGCAUGACGUUUUGUAAUGUGAGAUAUAUUGUGUGCUUUUGUGAGUCUUUUUUUCAGUUUUCAAUAAUUAAACAUUGUUUUGUCUAUA